AUGAAUUCUCUACGAAAUCUAACAUACCCAGUUCUGAGCAAAGCCCUUCGGAGUCCAAACAAGCUUGUUAAUCAGUGUCGCUUCGCUCUUUCAACAAUUAAUCAAAGCAAACAUCACAACCGCAGACCAGAUCUUGGAAUUUUGGGGGAUUAUGAAGCAUCCCACUUUGAACGAAUAUUCGAAAAUAACAUAGGCCAACUAAGAUGUGUCUUAACUAAGCCUGAAGAAGUUUUGUCGUAUAAUAGAGAUUACACAGGGCAGUAUGAAGGAUCAUCUCCUUUGGUUGUACUUCCAACAUCAACUGAACAGGUCGCUGAAGCCGUCAAAUUGUGUAAUAUCUGGAAACUUGGAAUUCUUCCCCAGGGAGGAAACACAAGUUUAGUUGGAUCUAGCACUCCAUCUUUUGAUGAAAUUAUCAUGUCCACACGUAAAUUGAACAAGAUUCUAAGUAUUGACACAGAUACGGGCAUUGUUGUUUGCCAAUCGGGGGUUAUUCCGGCAGAUCUUGAACGUGUUAUUUCUGAUCCAACUUAUGACCUGCUUCUUCCGCUGGAUCUUGGUUCGUGGGAAAUCUCCUGCCUUGGAGGAAACGCUUCGACAAAUGCUCGUGGAAUUCACACUCUCAGAUAUCUGGAUUUUAGGCAUUCGAUCGUUGGACUAGAGGCGGUUCUUCCAAACGGUGAAAUUUUAAAUGCCAUGGAUGGAUCCCAUAAGGAUCCAAUUGGAGUAGACUUGAAACACUGUUUUAUCGGAACAGAGGGAAUUUUCGGAAUUAUUACGAAACUCGCAAUUAGAUGCCCACCUCGACCCAAAUCAACAAAUGCCGCCUUAAUAAGUAAGUCUGCAUUGUUAUUUGAAUUUAAUUGCCGAAAUAAAAUCGUUCAACAUAAGUUUGGUGUAUUAAAAUGUACACCUAAUUACCUAAUAGAUAAAUUUCAUUUGAUUCUAGACUAG